AAUGUGGAGUUCAGUAUUCAAUAUAGUGCAAUAUUAAACUUUAUUACUCCAAAGAUAAAUUAAUUCGCUUUAUCAGUAUUGAAACUACAGCAGGAGUUCAGGACUUUUCGGCUGUUUCCUUGUGGUUAAGUCUCCCUCUUAUCUACAGGAGGAGGCGCGGUGCGUCCGCCAGGAGCCAUGUGCCUCCCUCACACCAACAACAUGGACAGCAAGCUACAGGGGACGGGCACAGGGGGAGGGGCUUCACUACGACCACGAGCAGGAGGCGUUCCACUGGAGCCUUUUAUACACCAGGUGGGCGGUCACACCAGUAUGAUGCGUUAUGAUGACCACACGGUGUGUAAGCCUCUCAUCAGCAGAGAGCAGCGCUUCUACGAGUCCCUGCCUCCUGAGAUGAAAGAGUUCACUCCAGAGUAUAAAGGUGUGGUGCUGGUGUGCUUUGAAGGUGACUCCGACGGUUACAUCAACCUGGUGGCCUACCCCUACGUGGAGAGCAACACGGAGGGAGGAGUCGGCGAGCAUGAGGAGCGUGACCCCCCAGAGAGGGAGCAGCCGAGGAGGAAACACUCUCGCCGCAGCCUGCAUCGCUCCUCAUCCACCUCUGAACACAAGGAGGAGCGGCCCGAUCGGAGGGAGGCGCACGACACAGAGACCUCGGAUAAUCUGGCAGAGCUGAAGAGCCCGAGACUCGACCCAAAGGUCCUCUCAGAUGUUCCCUUCCAGAUGCUGGACUGGAACAGCGGUUUGAUGUCAGAGAAGAUCAGCCACAAUCCCUGGAGCCUUCGCUGCCACAAACAGCAGCUCAGCCGCAUGAGAUCUGAGUCCAAGGACCGAAAGCUCUUCAAGUUCCUGUUGUUAGAGAACGUGGUGCACCACUUCUCUUACCCCUGCAUCCUGGACCUGAAGAUGGGCACACGGCAGCACGGCGACGACGCCUCGGAGGAGAAGGCAGCCAGGCAGAUAAGGAAAUGCGAACAAAGCACCUCAGCGACGCUGGGAGUCAGAGUGUGUGGCAUGCAGGUGUACCAGCUGAACACCGGUCACUACCUGUGCAGGAACAAGUACUACGGCCGCGGCCUGUCGAUCGAAGGCUUCCGCCAGGCCCUCUACCAGUACCUGCACAACGGAAAGGGCCUGAGGCGGGACCUCUUUGAGCCAAUCCUGGAUAAGCUUCGCACCCUGAAAGCGGUGCUGGAGAGGCAGGCAUCCUAUCGCUUCUACUCUUCCUCGCUGCUCAUCAUCUAUGAGGGAAAGGAACCCGAGAGCCCCUCUGUCUGGCAACCGAAGACUUCCGUGUCACCCGCAGAGUCCCACUGUGGCCCGGCCCCCGAUGCACCCUGUGAAACAGACAUGAGCCAGAAGCCAGACACAGGAUCCCUGCCCUCUCAGGGGUCUGGACUGAUGGCUCCAGCCUCCCCAUCACCUUCCCCUCAUCCUCCCACACAAGCCCCGCCCCCUAAGUCAGACUGCCACUCCUUCCUCCCACGCCCCCCAUCGCCUCAUCCUCAUCCAGACUCCACCUCCUCGGCUCCCAGUUUAGGUUCCUUCCCCUCUCCCGCUCCCCUGCCCCAGCAGCCCCCCUUGGUGGACGUUCGCAUGAUCGACUUCGCCCACUCCACCUUCAAGGGUUUCCGCGGCGACACAGCCGUACAUGAUGGGCCAGACAGGGGCUACAUGUUUGGACUGGAGAGCCUUGUCCAGAUCCUGGAAAGCCUGCGGGACGACAACCUGUAGCUCCAUCACUCACUUCUGUAUCUUUGUGAGGACCUGAGAAGGUUUGUCUCACAGUGCGGACCAGCCUCACACCCAAAGUAUAACUGGUCCUCACAAAGAUAGACACACAUACAUAGACAGACACACACACACACACACACAUAUACGCACACACACAGCUGGUUGUGAGAUAGUUCAGGUUGUGCUGUCAGUGCAGUUUGUCUAGCCGUGUUUCCAGCAACAAUCGGCUGUAAAUAUGGAACAUGAUUCUCCAGGACAUCGCCGUGCAACUGCAGGGAAGUGGGACAUUGGAGCCAAAAUGGCUGCCAAAUAAAGAUGAUACGGAGAACCAA